UCCCUGCACACAACGACUCACCAGGUUUCUGUCAGCCAAAGACCAAAAGCUAAAGCCACAACCAAGUCCAGUUUAGGAGGCAAAGAUGGAGUUCCAAGGGCAGCACGACAACCCCGCCAACCGCGUCGACGAGUACGGCAACCCGUUUCCGUUAGCCGGCGGCGUGGGGGGAGCGCACGCCGCUCCCGGCACCGGCGGGCAGUUCCAGGCCCACAGGGGAGAGCACAAGACCGGUGGGAUCCUGCAUCGCUCCGGCAGCUCCAGCUCCAGCUCGUCUUCCGAGGACGACGGCAUGGGCGGGAGGAGAAAGAAGGGCAUGAAGGAGAAGAUCAAGGAGAAGCUCCCCGGUGGCCACAAGGACAACCAGCAGCAUAUGGCGACGGGGACAGGGACUGGAGGAGCCUACGGGCCGGGAACUGGGACUGGUGGAGCCUACGGGCAGCAAGGCCACACAGGAAUGGCCGGCGCCGGCACUGGCACGGGCGAGAAGAAGGGGAUCAUGGACAAGAUCAAGGAGAAGCUGCCGGGACAGCACUGAGCCACCGGCUCCGGCUGGCUGCUUCCUUGUAGCUACGGGUCAAAGCCUUCCAGUUCCACGUGAUCUUUGUUCAAUAAUAAUAAGAUGAAGCUGAACGAAAAGUUGUCUCUGAUCGCAUCCGCGUCAGGGACACUUUUCUGUAUACAGCGUGCGUUGUGUCUGUUACGUUUGUCUGUUGUGUCUUCAUGUUGAAAAAAACUUAGUAUACAACUGAACUUUUUUUUCUAUCAAGGAAAUCGGGCCCUUGUUGAUGUUAAAAAAAAAGGAGUCCAUGCCAUUUUUGUGCCUUGCAGUAUAGUCA